UUUCUGUGUCUUUUGUACUUGGUUUUCUAAAUUUUGGUUUCACUUUGCAUCAUGCCAUAAAGACUUCCAACUGAUUCUCUUUCAAGCACAGCUGUUGCAUCAUCCUUGAUGGAUAGACAAGGAAGAAAGAGUCUUCUAAUCACAAGCUUUGGUGGAAUGGCUGCCUCUAUGAUGCUGCUUUCUCUGUCCUUUACUUGGAAGGUUCUGGCACCAUAUUCUGGCCCCCUUGCUGUUCUUGGGACUGUUCUCUAUGUCUUGUCGUUUUCACUUGGUGUUGGUCCUGUGCCUGCUCUUCUUCUACCAGAGAUAUUUGCUUCAAGAAUCAGAGCAAAAGCAGUUGCUUUGUCAUUAGGAAUGCAUUGGCACUGCCUUUCUUCCUACAAGUCAAAUGAAGUGAAGGAAAUUUUCUUACAUUUAUAUCUAGUUUAUUUUUAA